GCAAAAGUGUGCCUAGAGGAAUGAUAAAAGCCCUUUUAUAUCUCGGAACCAUUAUCGCAGCGUUGAUAUCAAUUGUAUGGAUCAGGAAACGUGGCAAUAAAAGCAAUACCAACUCCAAAUGGAAGGUUGCAGUAGUAAUAGGACCAGGAGGACAUGCUAGAGAGAUGAGGGAUAUUAUGAAGUCCUUGCCAAAUCGAUGUUCCACGCUUGUGUAUAUAGUAGGUAACGAUAAAGAUGUUGCUACUGAAAGACUUAUCCACCAAUUAUCGCAAUCCGUCGAAACGGACGUAUCAAUAAACCAACAAAUAUACAGCCUACCUGUUCCAAAGAGUCACAGAGAAAGUUAUACCCAGGCUGCAAUCAAGGGGAUAUCAUCCUUCAUAAAGUCUUUAAAUAUGCUAUACACGGAACAGCCCGAUUUGAUAAUCACUAACGGCCCGGGUAUCGCUGUGCCAAUAUGCUUCGCAGCAACUGUGUUGAAUCUUAUCUUCAGAAGAAAUAUUAAAUUGAUAUACAUCGAAAGUAUGUGCCGCGUUGAAGACCUAUCUUUCACGGGCAAAUUACUCUACCCAGUUGUUCAUACCCUAGUGGUUAUGUGGCCGCAUUUAUCACAAAAAUGGCCUGGUGUAACAUACUUAGGCACAAUAAAAACUCUUUAAAGCCUAACUACUUCGUCUAAUUUACCAACUGUCUUGCUCA